UAAUUUAUAUGUAUGUGUGAAAUUAAAAGAGAUUAAAUACAUUAUCAUUUAAGAUAAUAUUAUCAUUACACAAAUCACAAAUUAAUAUUAAUUUAAUGAAGUCGUGUGAAAUCAAGAUAAUAUCUAAGACACAGUAACACAAUUUUAAUAUAGAUGAUCAGGGUCUUUGCAAUUGUUGUUACGAUCCUUUAUCUGCGGAGAAUUUGUUAGUGAAGAAUGAUUAGUUAACAAUAUAUAUAUGUAACUUGACUUGACGUCUACGGGGAAAAACCUACUUCUGUAAUCAAUAACAUACUAUCAAGAUAAGUUAAUACGUUUGAGUUUCUUAUUGAAAAAUACACAAUGCCCGAAGUUUAUGAAAAUUAUAUGGUUUUACAAAAUGGAUCUGAAAGCCAGGAUUAUAUUUCGUAUGGACAUGAUUUACAGACAAUGAACAGCCAAGGUCUAUGUAGUCCAUUUAAUGGAUCUCAAGGAACUGCAAGUGUUGGUUCACCCAUGUCAGCUUCAUCAUCAUUACAAGGUAUUAAUUUUAUUAGUAGUGUAUUUAUUCAAGAAUAUUCAAACUUAGUUUUUUCAGUGCUAGGAGAACCACAUAUAACAAUUUUAGAGCAACCAAUUGAAAAAUUUAGAUUUCGAUACAAAUCAGAGAUGAUAGGACCACAUGGAAGCUUGGCAGCUUCGAAUAAUGUUAAUGGUCGUAAGAAAUAUGCACCAUCAGUUCAACUACAUAAUUACUUGGAAAAUGCAGUAAUACGUUGUACACUGGUUACAUCUGAUGGAAGUCAAAGAAUACGUCAUGCUCAUAGGUUAGUGUGUAGAAAAGAUGGCACUGAUUCUGAUGAUCCACAUCAUGCUAAAGUUUCUUGUGAAUCUGGAUUCACUGCAACAUUUCAUGGUAUGGGAAUUAUACAUACAGCAAAGAAGCAUGUUAGGGAUGAACUUGUAAGAAAGAUGCGUAUGGAUGCUUUAGAAAAAAAGAGAUGCAAGAACAUAAAUGCAACUCUUAGUACUCGGGAAGAAGCACAAAUCAAAGCUGAUGCAGAAUACUACCAAAAAUGUGUGAAUCUGAAUAGUGUUGCAUUAUGUUUUCAAGCAUUUAUUGUGGAUAAACAUGAUAUUAUGAGACCAAUAACAGAACCUGUUUACUCAAAUGCUAUUAAUAAUCUUAAAAGUGCGUUGACAGGAGAGCUUAAAAUAUGUAGGAUUGACAAAUAUACCAGCAGUGUUGAAGGAGGGGAAGAAGUAUUUAUACUUGUAGAAAAAGUAGGAAGAAAGAAUAUUCGGAUAAAAUUUUUUGAGGUAAAUGAUGAUGAUUAUGAAAUUUGGAGCGCAUAUGGACGUUUUUCAGAAUUGGACGUACAUCAUCAAUAUGCAAUUGUAUUUCGAACUCCACCAUACAGAGAUCUUAAUAUUACUUCUCCAAUAGAAGUUUUUAUACAAUUAGAGCGACCGUCUGAUGCAGAUUGUUCAGAACCAAUAAAAUUUACUUACAAACCAAGUGAUAGAAUUAUAGGCAAGAAACGUCAAAGAAUGUCCUAUUCAGGAAGUGCAGAAUUAUCUCAUAUAAUAUCAACUUUUAAUAAUACUGAAAUGGGAAAUACAUCAGGAAUAUUAGGUAACGACAGUCGAGAAAUUUCUAAAGAAUUAAGAGAGAUGUUGUCCGAGGGUUGUUCAUCAACAGAGUUCAUGGACUUUCUUGAAAAUAUGGAUUUUGAUACAUAUCAACAAUUUAUCGACACAGAUGACAAGAAUAUGCUAGCUCACGAUGGUCCAUUGUGUAAGGAAUAUCAAGCGGAUUCAAUGUUCCCUAAACACAUACUUAUCGAAGCUGUAAGAUGUAUGAAAAUGGAUUCAAGAAAUAUGAAAGAUCAUGUACAAAAGUUACUUAAAGAUCGCUCCUCGUAUGGGGAUUCCCCAUUACACGCAGCACUCCGAUAUGGCCAACGUGAUAUUGUCAAAUAUAUUUUAAUGUUGAUAAGCACUGAUAAAGAUUGUAAAACACUUGUCAAUGGGCAGAAUAGUUCUGGAAAAACGCCAUUGCAUUAUGCAGUUUUACAAAAUCAACCAGAAAUUACAAAAGCAUUACUCAUGCUUGGAGCUGAUCCAAAUCGAUCGGACGAACAUGGAUCUACUCCAUUACAUGCUGCUGUAAGAAUCCCUCAAGCUGGUGCUUGUGUUAAUGCCUUAUUGGCAGAAAAGACAGUUGAUAUUGAAAUUUGUAAUGAUGCUGGAUGGACACCAUUACAUCUUGCAACAGAAGCAGGGUCAUAUGAUGCAGUAUGCUCACUUGUUCGAGCUGGAGCUAAUGUAAAUAAUACUGACAUGUCUUAUGGUCGAACAGCAUUACAUAUAGCUGUAGAAGGCGGGCAUAAAGACAUUGUUGAUUAUUUACUCACAAAGACAGAUAUAUUUGUAAAUAAGAGAAACUUCAGUGGAAAUACUGCUUUACAUACUGCAGUUGUAUAUUCUGGAGUAAGAGCAAAAGAAUUAUGUGCAUUGUUAAUACAACAUGGCGCAGAUCCACACAUUCAGAAUCAUAAUCGAGAGUCAAAUGAUGUGGACAAAUGGAAAUCAUCACACGUUGAUAUAAAAGUGGAAGUUGACUCUGAAAAUGAAAAUGAAAAUGAAAAUGAAAAUGAAAACACAGAAGAAUCGACUGGACAAACAUCAUUUGAUUUGGCUACAAAUAAACCAGAUAUUUUACAGCUUCUUAUUGGUCAGACUGACGAAGUUGCAAAUGAAACGGGCAUGGUUCCUACUAAAUUAGAAGCAGAAGAAACGGAGUUACAAACAAAUUGGUUAACUAAUGAAAGAAAAGAAAAAUUAUCUGUUAUUCUAGAUAAAACACAAGGAUGGAAGAAGCUUGCAAAACAUUUAAAUUUUCAAUACGUUUUAAAUACAAUUCAACAGACUUCUUCAAGUCCAUCUUUACUUCUUCUAAAUUACAUUGAUGUACAGGCAUCUUUAUCUCUUACUGAGAUGGAAUCUGUAUUAAGAGAUUUUGGAGAAGAAGAAGCAGCAGAUUAUAUUAAUGAAAUCUCAUCUAAUUUGCAAAAUACAUUUGGUUAUUUUUGAAUGUUUUCUACUGUGUAUUAUGCCUGUA